AUGAACAAAGUCAUUAUUCCCAGACCAGAAAACAGCCAGCCAGCUCACGCUUUCUGGUUUGACAGAAAGAACUAUGUCACCAUCAAUUUCGCCGUUCAUAAACCAAAAGACGUGAAGGUGGAUAUUCAAGUCGACAAAAUGAUUCUAUACUGCAAAAACGAUGAAGAUGAAGAAAUCUACAACGAGCUGUACUUUUAUGACAACAUACAAAGACAUGACUCGAGAGAGAGAGUGUAUGACCGCUCUAUCAACUUCCUUUUGAGGAAAUACAAACCUAACUUUGCCUGGCCCCGACUUCAGAAGAACCCCGAGAAACCCAUGUGGAUCGCUGUUGACUUUGACAACUGGAGAGACUGGGAACAUGAGGAAGACGAUGGGAAAGAAGAAUGUGAAAACUAUUUGUCCAUGAUUCAGGAGAUGGGAUCAAAGAAAGGACCAGCACCGGACAUGGGUGAUCUCAGUGAUUCUGACUGA